AUGGCAUACACCUCUGUUAACUAUUCCGUGAAUCAUCUGAUCCGCCUUCUGAGCUCUCGGGGCCUGAUCUUUUCAAAAGAAGGCCAGAUCCCCAUGCUUAAACUGGAGCUCGUCUUCCUGAGAACUUUUCUCUGGUGGACUGCAAAACGCUGUACGGAGAAUCAGAAUUUGGAACUUCUCUUACUGCAAAUCGAAGUUGUGGUGCGAAAUGCAAUUAGUCAUAUCCAAGCCAGAGAUUCGGAUGAGUGGUCUUUUCAAGUAUUGCAUCACACACGACUUCUCAAGCCAGAGAUUGAGAAGACUUACAUCAAAAUUGUGAAGUCUUCUCCUCCUACGCCAGACACACGGGUGGUGGUGGAGUUCAUGAACAAUCUGAUUGACAAUCUGAAGGAUCUGCUUCGCUAUCCGGACUCUUCCACUUUUUCCCCAGAGGAAGAACUCAGACAACUUGUAACUAAGCUAAGAUUCUUGAGAAAUCUUCUUAGCUUUGUAGCUACACGUUGCACCGACCAUGAGAAGCUGAAACAUCUCUCCAAUUAUGCUGAAGCUAUAGCUAUAGAAGCAGCAUGUCUUCCUUUCAUGUGUUCAUUUGACCAAAAAGAUGGAAACAGUACAAGUUCCAUUAAGGACAAGCUCACGGAACUGACACGGAAAAUUAAUCCUAUCACUCCAGACAUCAGAAGGAUUUACGUGGAAGUCCUCGAAGCACUGAGUCCAUUAACAACAGAGACUGACAUUUCAGAUCCAGACUUGGCAUCCUUCAUAGAUACUCUCCAAGAUUGUCUAACAGAGCUAAAACACAAUCAGCCACCUUGGAUUCGUUCCUUUGAAGCCCUCCACCAUGAACUCACCUUCCUCAGCUCUUUCACUAAGGACCCUCCGGAGCAAUUCAUUGAGAGUGACAACUCGGAUGAUCCUAAAGUUGAUCCAAUUCAACUUCUCUUGGGAGAGAUGAGAGACUGGAGCACUUCUAGCGCACAUCCGUUCAAGCACUAUACAGAACAUUUGACAUUGAAAGGUCAGUUCACCCGUAUUCAAGAUCUGGCUGUUAAGGUGGGAUGUACCAUCUUUUUCUUCUUUAAUUUCAACGAAAUGGAAGAGCACAAGCUUGCGGAAGAAGAAGCUACACUUGUUGAUUUAAUCGAAAAGAUCAAGCACCUUAAGUCGGAGAUCGGAGUUCCCAUGUUGACAUUGCCUGAGGUGAAUAUCAUAAGGACAGAUGACCUGGGUUUUAUCAGAAAUUUGAUAGAGCUGAUUAACCAGCAGGCAGGUCCACUCGACUGCCUGAAGCGUCGUGUACAGGGAAUUGCUGACGAGCUGGAAUUCCUAAGUUCUUUUCUCAAAAAAUGUGGAGAGAGGCGCCAUGAGCACGAGAAACUGAGGAAUCUUGCAGGCCAAAUAAUGACUGUUGCAUACAGAGCUGAAUAUGUCAUUGACUCGUUAUUGGUAAGAGAUGGUACUCUAUUCUACCAUUCGUUUUGUAUUGUUGAUGUCGUUGGAGAGAUGAAGAGAAUCAGAAGGGAGGUCAUGGUGUUUGACGAAAAGAUGAGCAAUGUCAUUGAGCCCAAGGUCCUUAAUUCGACAAUGCCCUCCAGAGACAUGGUAAGUGUUGCUAUGUCAGAGGAACUAGUGGGCUUAGAGGAUGAAAAGGAGAGAUUAAGAGAUCAACUGAUAAAUGGAUCUCAUGCGUUAAGUGCUAUACCAAUUCUUGGUAUUUGUGGACUGGGAAAGACAACUCUUGCCAUGAGUCUCUACCACGAUGAGCUUGUUGUCAAACACUUUGAUAUUCGUGCAGCCGUUUCUGUUUCCCAUGUAUAUGACACUGAAAAAUUGGUACUUGCAGUGUUGCACAACAUCAAUGGAUAUCCUGACACAUCUAAUGGAGGGGAUGGUGAUCUGUUGAAAGUAAAAAAAAUGAUAUAUUUGUCUUUGAAAGGAAAGAGGUUCUUGAUCUUAAUAGAUGAUGUGCGGGAUACUGAAGCAUACGUUGAUUUGGGAAACCUGUUUCCAAACGAUUUUACUGGAAGUAGAAUUCUCCUCACCACUCGAUCAUAUCAAAUAGCUUCAUGUGCUGCGCAUAGUACUAAAAUACAUAAUCUUCGAUUUCUUACAGAAGAAGAGAGUUGGAAAUUACUUAAAAAGAAGAUAUUUCACCAACAAUUUUGUCUUCCAGAACUGGAGGAAGCAGGAAAGCACAUGGUCAAACAAUGUCACGGGAUACCUGCCAUGAUAGUUUGGAUGGCGGAUAUUGUUGCAAGAACAAGGACAGAAGCCGAUUGGAUACAAGUUGGGGAAUGUAACCAAAUUGAUGAAUAUCUUUUCAGCAUUAAUGAAAAAGAAUACAGUGUCAUACCAGAUCAUCUCCGUCCAUGCUUCCUUUAUUUUGGAGCAUUUCCGUUGGAGGAAGAAAUUCCAGUAUCCAAAUUGAUCAAGUUGUGGGCUGCAGAAGGUUUCAUUCAACAAACUGAAGCAGAGAGCUCUGAGGCUGUCGCAAUGGAUUACCUAAGGUAUCUUGUUGAACGAGGUUUUGUAAUGGCCUGCCAACGAAGCUCAGAAGGUGAGGUCAAACGGUGUAAAGUCCAUGACAGAUGGCACAAGUUUUGUUUAGUUAAAGCCAGCCACGAAAACUUUUUUCAGCUGAUGGACCUUGGUGGUGGUGUUGAUCCUAAUGAUUCCAAUAUCCCACUCUCCUUAGCAUGUGAUCAUCGCCGGCUGUUCACUUCAUCUAAUUGGUGGGACAGUAUUACAUUACAAGUUUCUGGUCCAUUUGUCCGAACCCUGGUGCUAACUGGCAGGAGAUGUGAUUUAUCCACGCUUAAUAUCUCAUCUCUGUAUCAAAACUUGAAACUUGUUAGAGUUUUGGAUUUAGGGCGUAUAAAUGUGGGCAAUGAUUUUCCAGUUGGGCUUGAAAAGAUGACCCUGUUGAAGUACUUAGAAGUUCGGGGAGAAAUGACUUCAAUCCCAUCUUCAAUCGACAGCCUCCGGCAAUUGGAAACUUUUGUUACAAUAGGAUUACGGGGAGCAGUUGCAAUACCUGGUAGUAUUUGGAGUCUGACAAAUUUGAGGCAUUUGCAUAUAAAGGGUGGUACUUAUUCUUUAGGUGCCCCUGAAAAAAUGUUGCCAAAUCUGAGAACAAUGUCUACCCCAUUGCUUCGUUACGGGGAAGAUUCAGAAGAGAUACUGAGAAGAUUAGUACGUCUUGAGAAACUGAAAUGCAUCUUUUUGGACUCAUCGAGGAAGAAAAACCUGUUUCCCAAACUGGGAAUUCUUGAGCAUCUUCAGUCUCUCAAACUACUUUACUAUGGUGAAGUGCGAAAGACGUGUGAGUUCAAUUUCCCUUCAAACCUCAGAAGGUUGACCCUGUCAGGUUUUCGCCUGCCAUGGGAUCAAAUAUCAAUUAUUGGGGAACUUCCCAAUCUUGAGAUGUUGAAAUUGCUGAAUAAAGCCUUUGAGGGUAGUCUAUGGGAGGUAAAAGAUGAUCAAUUUCCCUGUCUUAAGUAUUUGAAAUUAGAUACACUAGACCUGGAGGAAUGGUACAUGUCUGAGGAUGCGUUGCCUGAGCUUGAGCGACUGGAGUUGAAGAAAUGUAAGAAACUAAGAAAGAUCCCCUUGAAUAUUGAUAAUCCUCAAAAAUACUUCAUGGUAGAUGACAAGUUGAAGGUCAUCAUCCGUAACAGAUGA